AUGUCAUCAGGUCUUACAGAGGAACAAAAGAGAAGAAUAGAAGAGAACCGCCAGAAGGCUUUGGCCAGGAGAGCAGAGAGACUAGCAGCCCAGAGAGUUGGGCAGGUGGGGAUCACUGGACCUCAGGUGAAAGAACAGAGUCCAGGCAAUUGGGGAAACUCAAAGGAAGAAAACAAUCAUGUUGGUUUCAUUAGUCAGCACCAUCAGAAUCCAAACAGUCCUGUGGAGCAGAAGAGCUAUCUUCAGAAAGAUUAUAAUCAUUACACUGCAAACCAACAGAUGGCUGGUUCACAUGGAGAGCAGCAAAGGAAUUGUUCAGAGGACUCAGCACAAGCAAGUGGCAUUAAGCAGUUUCCUACAACAAUCCCAAAUUCUCUGAGUUGUUCCCAUAAACAUUACUUGGAUGCUGGUGGUCAGGAAUGUGGACAACAAGCUUUAAUUAAUCUUGGUACAUUCCAGCAGCCCAAAUGCUGCCCAGCUUUCAAAACCCCUGCAGAGCCAUCCCAUCCUAGAUUAAUUGAUGACGGGCACCCUGACGGUAGUAAAGAUUUACCAAAUCAGAACAGAUCUGCCAUAAAAUAUGUUUCACUGUCCAGCAGGGCUAGCCCGAGUGAUUCAGAAACGCUGAUAAACGCAAACACACCAACAGAAAGAGAAAGGGGAGGGGUUACCUCCCAGCCCAGUAGUAGGACGCAGAAGCUGACCACCUCUGCUAGUGCAGGCUCUGUCUUUGAAGCUGCCUCUUGCAAGAAAGCAAACAGUGUUACAAAUGGAAAAUGUGUGAAAUACGGGGAGAACCGAUUCCAAGUCCAAGUAGGGUAUAAUGCUGAACUUAUUGCUGUGUUUAAGAAGAUACCAAGCAAAAGCUAUGAUCCUGUUAUAAAAAAAUGGAGUUUCGGCCUGGAGGAUUACAGCAGUUUCAUGGAAGCAGCAAAUAAGCUUUCAUCGGUAAUUCUCGAACCACUGGAAGGAGAAGAUGCAGCUGGCUUGGCAUCAGGCUCUCAUUUUGUUGGCAGUAGGGGCGAUGUGAAAUCCCUCCUGAAGAUAUGUGACAACUGGAAGAAACCCUCGGCCCUUGUCAAAGGGAAGUGUGUGCUGAUCUCUCGCUUGCGGUUUGAGGUUGAUAUCAGUUAUUCUGCAGAAGUGAUUGGAGUGUUCAAACAGAUGGAUUCCAGAACUUAUGAUAUGAAUACCAGAAAGUGGAAUUUCCUGCUGGAGGACUAUCCCAAACUAAUGGAAGUGUUACAGAGCCUCGUGGCAGUAGAAGUGGAGCCACUGCCCAAGGCAGUAAUACAAACCUUUGCUGCUCAGAUGUGGAGAUCGACAUCACAGACAGACGUUCCUGAUGCUGACCUUUCAGCAGUGGACUCCAAAAUUGUAACGAGCCUCAUGCCCUUUCAGCGGGAAGGUGUGAAUUACGCAAUUUUAAGGGAUGGACGUUUACUUCUUGCGGACGACAUGGGCUUGGGCAAGACCAUCCAGGCGAUCUGCAUUGCUGCCUAUUACCGAAAGGAGUGGCCCUUGCUGGUGGUGACUCCUUCUUCCGUGAGGUUCACGUGGGCAGAG